AUGUCAUUAUUUAUUCGUCGCCACGGGCGCCCUUCACGCAUAGUCCGCUAUUGGUUACCGGUCUCAGCUGCUCUCCUUUCAGGAAGCGCAUCAAUGAGAUUUUUGACCAACCGACGUGAGGAGAUCAUCCAGUCGAUUGUCAAUAUCGGUUCCACCACUAUCGAUUUCUGGGGUAACUGGGUUGUGCACCCAAUCCGAAAACUCAUUGGGACAAUCAGACAUGACGAAAAAAGCGAGAUUGCGAUAAUGAGCAAGAAUAGCCUGCUGGCCGAUCGAGCGAGUCUAGAGAGAAUGGUAGUAGACUUUGUCCGCGAUCGCCCGGAUCUUCACCAGGGUGUGGUGGCGGAUACCACUGCCAUCGUGAAUUCUGUCAAAGAGGGUGAUUUGACCCCCGUUCUAAAAGCAUAUGAAAGGGACCUGCGGUCACCAUUUGUUGGAACCGUUAGAGGCGAUCUCAUUCGUGCCCUCCUGAUCCAGAUCCAGAAGACGAAGGUCGACGUGGAAAUUGCCAUCAGUGGUAUCGAUGCCUUGCUGAAGAGCCAGGAGCUUGUAUUUGGAUUUGUUGGGUUGACUCCUGGAAUUUUGGUUUCCUUUGCGACCAUGAGGUGGCUAGGUAGCCUUCUCGGCAGCCGACGAGGAUUGCGAAAGGGCAAGCAGCGACAUGAACUAAAACGUGGAUUGCGGAAUGUGGCCCGCAUUUUGACUUCUUCUGAGGUUUUAUCCAAUGGGACUGUCGCUUACAAGGAUUCUGGACAAUUGAUCUGUGAGGCAGAGGCUCUCCUUCAACACGUGAAGAUAAUUCCUGGAAGCAUGCAGUACGAAGAGUUUCGAGAAGACAUCCAAGAUCUUUUGAAUGUUCAGAAUGGAGUGGACAAGCAACUUCGCGUGAUCGAAAGGAUGAGAUGGGCAUAUCUCCAAUAG